AUGGCCGACUCAGGUCUUCCAGCUGGCUGGGAGGUUCGUCACUCGAACUCCAAAAACCUUCCGUACUAUUUCAAUCCCGCUACGAAAGAAUCGCACUGGGAACCUCCUACGGACACCGAUACCGAAAAGCUCAAGCUCUACAUGGCGACACAUCACACUCCGGCGGCUCGCAAUGAUGUCGAUGGUCGGUCUGAGGGCAAGAUUCGCUGCAGCCACCUGCUCGUCAAGCACCGUGACAGCCGUCGGCCCAGCAGCUGGCGGGAGGCUGAGAUCACCCGCUCGAAGGAGGAGGCGAUCGAAAUCUUGAAGGUCCAUGAGCAGCGCAUCCAGUCGGGCGAAACAAGUCUGGGCGACCUAGCCGUCUCCGAGUCUGAUUGCAGUAGUGCUAGGAAGAAGGGUGACCUUGGCUUUUUUGGCCAUGGGGAGAUGCAGAAGGAGUUUGAAGAUGCUGCCUUUGCUCUCCAGCAUGGUCAAGUCAGCGGUAUUGUCGAGACGGCCUCUGGAGUCCACCUAAUUCAACGCGUCCAGUGA